GCGGCUCUCGCGAGAGUUGCAGCGGGAGCGGCGGCGCGGCGGGCGGGGGGCCGGGCCGGGGCCGGAGCGGCGGCUGAGGCGGCGCUGGAGCGGCGGCCGGGCCGGGCCGCGCGGGGCCGGGCAGGCGGCGGGAGCGCCCAGCGCUGCGCGGGCGGAUCGUCCCCCGGCCUCGCUGUAUGUGAGAGACGGGGCCGGCGCCUCGCACGGAGCCGGGAGCCGCCGCCGCGGGAGGAGCGGAGGCUUCGGGGAGCGCUUCCUGCCCAGCGCCCGCACCGCCGGGCGCGGCAGCCCCAGCAUGGAAGCCAUCGCCAAGUACGACUUCAAAGCCACCGCGGAUGACGAGCUGAGCUUCAAACGGGGCGAUAUCCUUAAGGUUUUGAAUGAAGAAUGCGAUCAGAACUGGUACAAGGCAGAGCUCAAUGGAAAAGAUGGCUUCAUUCCCAAGAACUACAUAGAAAUGAAACCCCACCCGUGGUUUUUUGGAAAGAUUCCCCGAGCGAAGGCUGAAGAAAUGUUGGGCAAACAGAGACACGAUGGUGCCUUCCUCAUCAGGGAGAGUGAGAGUGCUCCUGGGGACUUCUCCCUCUCAGUCAAGUUUGGAAAUGAUGUGCAGCACUUCAAGGUGCUUAGAGAUGGGGCUGGCAAGUAUUUCCUUUGGGUGGUGAAGUUCAAUUCUUUGAACGAGCUGGUAGAUUAUCACAGAUCCACAUCUGUCUCCAGGAACCAGCAAAUAUUUCUCCGGGACAUUGAGCAGGUGCCACAGCAACCAACAUACGUUCAGGCCCUGUUUGAUUUUGAUCCCCAAGAGGAAGGAGAGCUGGGCUUCCAUCGCGGAGACUUUAUCCAAGUCCUUGACAAUUCUGACCCCAACUGGUGGAAGGGAGCGUGCCGCGGACAGACGGGCAUGUUCCCCCGCAACUACGUGACCCCAGUGAACCGGAACAUCUAGAGAGAAAUAUUAGAGAUUAUUUAAGGAAACCAGAGAAACAGUAAAUACACAUACAGAGCCUAACUGCAGCCAGUGACCUAAAAAUCACACGGCGGUAAAACCAGAGUCACCGUGAGGUGAUCCUCCUUCCCUCAGCACGGAACUUCAGGGGCGGGGGGAAGAGUUCAACUUACACACCAAAACUUAUCUUAAAGGAAAAAAAAAAAAGGAAAAUAUAAAAAGGAGAGAGAGAGAGAGAGAAAAAAAAUGAAAAUAACAAAUUUCCUCAGCUGCUCCUGGGUUAUCCCCUUUUAUUCACUCUCGUUGCGAAUGAGUGUUUUAAGGUCACUUAAGGUCUCACCACCACAAUUCUUCUUGUUUCCCCCUCCUCCUCUGUCCAUCAGUGCAUGAAGUUUUGAUGCCAUAUAAAGUCCUAGCCAAUGCAGUUAAAGGAAAAGGGAGAAACUCUGCUGGUAUUUUCUCUCUCUGCAAACGGUCUUCAUUUGACAUGAAGGGACAUGAGAGAAGAACCAAAUCCACAGUCCUGCCUUUAAAAAAAAACAAAAAUCAUCAGUUUCUGCUUUUGCCUUCAACAUUCAGCAUUUCUUGCCUGGGAAAGAUGAGGUGUUAAUCUAAUUUUUAUUGUCUCUUCUCCUUUGGCACUUUCUUCUGAAGCUCAGCAGCUUCCAAACAGAGGAAGGGAGAAGAGUUGUGUGGCUUUUUGUUCUAUUUUUUACUUUUGAGUCACAGAGCUGCUUUGAGAAACUCCAACGUACAACUGAAGUCUAUUAAUGCUGUGCUGACAGCUUUUUUGUUUUUUCUUAAAGGUGUACGGUUGAGCACAUUCUGUAAUUUUUUCCAUAGUGCCUUCCCCUUAUUUUCUUUUUUAUUAUUUUUUAAGUUAAAAGGACAGUCCAGAGCUUUUCAGAGGAUUUUUUUUUUCUGCCUAUGUGUAAAUAAAUACUUUGGGGGAAGGGGGCAAAGGAGGGUGGUUUUGUCAAUGGACACUUGAGAAAAAAUCUACAAAAAGAGAUGGAGCUUUAAUCUUCAGAUUUGUCUUACUGUUCAACUUCCCUUAUUCCAAGGAAAAUAAAAUCAUGGCAUUCAAGUGGCAACUUAGGCUGCUCAGAGGUGGAGAGCUGCAACCAGGAGCCUCAAAAGAAGUAAGAGAAAGGGGAAAGUUAUGAUGAGGGAAAAUGAGGAAGAAUAUUUUGGGGAGGGAGGGUUAAGGGGGGGAAUUUGAGAAAUAAUAGCCCUGAGAUGUCCUACAAAAUGUACAUUCCUUUGGUGGAAAACUUCAUAAUGCAGAGAAACCUCAAAAAAUAGUGCUUGAAAAAAAAACUUUACGCUCUUAGUGAAUGUUUCUACGUGGUGCAUGUGAUCA